CAGCGGCGAUGGAAAGGAUUUACUCGUGCAAACAUUGCGGUCGUAGUUUGUCGAGCAAUUCGCUGUAACGUCCAUCUUGGCUUCGGUGUGGCGGCAUCGAGCGAUAAAAGAUCAUGGAGGGCCACGAGAGGCCCGUGGCCCACGUCUCGUGCCUUUAUCCCGAGAUUCUGGCCCUCAUCUUCAGCUAUUUGGACGUACGAGAUAAAGGACGCGCCGCGCAAGUGUGCGCUGCAUGGCGGGAAGCGGCGUACCACAAGUCCGUAUGGCGGGGCGUGGAGGCGAAAUUGCACUUACGAAGAUCCAAUCCUUCUUUGUUCCAAAGCCUCGUACAGCGUGGAAUACGACGCGUUCAAGUGCUUAGCUUGAGGAGAAGCUUACGCGAUGUGGUGCAAGGCAUUCCGAAUAUUGAAAGCCUUAACCUUAUAGGGUGCUACAAUUUAACAGAUAUGUGGUUAACGCAAGCCUUCGUUCAAGAUGUUUUGACAUUGACUGUGCUCAAUUUAAGCAUGUGUAAACAGAUAACAGAUUCGAGUCUAAGGAAAAUAUCCGAGCAUCUGAAAAAUCUCGAAGUUCUUGAUUUGGGUGGUUGCAGUAACAUAACAAACACUGGCCUGUUGCUUGUGGCAUGGGGACUGAGAAAGCUUAAAAGUCUGAAUCUCCGUAGCUGUCGGCACGUGUCAGAUGCUGGAAUAGGCUACCUAGCGGGAUUGAGUUCCGAUAUCGCCGAAGGUACGUUAUCCAUCGAACACUUAGGACUGCAAGAUUGCCAAAGGUUGACAGAUGACGGUUUGAGGCACCUAAGUGUCGGACUCCAUAAUUUGAAGAGCAUCAAUUUAAGCUUCUGUGCCAGCGUUACCGACUCUGGACUCAAACAUCUAGCGCGUAUGGGCUCAUUAAGAGAACUCAAUCUUCGAAGUUGUGACAGUGUUUCCGAUGUGGGCCUUGCUUAUCUAGCCGAGAACAAUUCGCGAGUAACUGUACUAGAUGUCAGUUUUUGCGACAAAGUGGGUGACCAAGGUUUACUUCACAUUUCUCAAGGCUUGUUUAACCUCCGUAGUCUCAGUUUAAAUGCCUGCCCCAUCAGUGAUGAAGGUUUGGGCAGGAUAGCCCGAACAUUGACAGAUUUGCGCACAUUAAACAUAGGCCAAUGUAGCCGAAUAACUGACAAAGGCCUAAGCUUGGUGUCUGAGCAUUUACAUCGACUUUUAUGCAUAGAUUUGUAUGGAUGCACAAAUAUUACGACUGUUGGUCUAGAAAAAGUGAUGCAAUUACCUCAACUUAGUGUCCUUAAUUUAGGUUUGUGGCAAAAAAGGUGACAUCUACUUUGCCUGAACUUAGCUAGUGCUUGUGCCAUUUUAAAGGAUAUAUUUUUGUGGGGACCAUCCUAUCAACCAUUACCAGGGAUAUAUUUCAUAACCAGCUGUAACGUAUGAUAAGGUAAACUUGUGAAAAAUUUUAAACUCUUUCAGUAUUCUGCAUUUUAUAAUUAUUCUUGAAUGACUUAAGUUCAUGCCUCUGUCAAGAAAAUAAGUUGUUAAAAUUAUAUUUCACUUCAAAAUUUUGUUGAAAUUGUUUAUUGGCAUAUUUAUGUUUCAGUUAAUAUUUGUGACUAUAAUAAUAUAAGUUUUAUGCACAUAAUUUCAUUUACUUGACCUAAUGUUAGGGUGGGUUUCAGUUUUGAGAGAAAUUUUUCAUAUAAGGUGGGAUUCAUUUAUUAAAAAUAGCUGUUUUGUGAAAUGUCCUCUAUCUUAAAUGUUUUAAAUUUAACAUAUUUUUUUAUUAUCUGCUUAUAAGGUCCUAAAUUUCCUAUUGAAAACUGCAAAAGUAUGUAUAAUAUUUCUUUAAUUGUCUCAUGUAGUGAGCAUAAAAUAAGUAUGAUUUCAGAAUUUUUUUUUUAUAUUUUCCCUUGUAAUUAAGAUUAUAUAAAAUGCAGAUUAUUGAUAGAGCUAAUGUAAAAAAAUAUGAAAUUUUUGCUCUUGUGUAUCAGAUUAAGUUACACAGUAUUUUCUAAUGUAAAAUUUUUUAUAUUUAACAUUUGCUCAGGAAUGCAAUAUUUCAUUUUGCUCAACUUAUUACAUACACUUGUGUUGCUAUUAUUACCAGUCUUUUUCAGAUGCGCUAAUUCCAUAUUUUGAUAACUUUUCUCUCCUUUCUAAUGUUUUUUAUUGUUAUCCCUAAUUUCCAGAUGUUGAUAGUAAAUCAUUGCCCUCAGAAUGUUUUCAGUUCUGUAUCAAGUUUUUACCAGAUAAGGCAGGGUAUGUUAUGUAAGAAUUCAGAUUUUCAUUUUUUCUCAUGUUAUCUUUGAUCAUUCAGCUGCUUCCUUCCUAAUGAGGAAUAAAAAUAAUUGAAUAAUGAAGUGAUAUUUAAAAAAUAUCAUGCUGUGGUAUUAAUCUUAUUUUGCAGCUUGGCAUACUGUGAUAUUAACUUUUCAAACAUUUAAUGUUCAUUCUGUGUUAAAUAAUUUUUGUUGAUAUCUGAAUCAUUUGUGUAAUGUAUUUUAUUAAAAUAAAUAUCAUAACUUGCAGAAUUUCUUGUUAAGUUACCUAAAAACCAAAUUUUACUGAUUUGUGUAAAUAAUUUUUCUCUUCUAAAAUAAAUAUUUUUUAGAGUAUGUCAUCUUUUAAUUUUCAUGAAAUAAUGUAAUGUAAAUAAUUCUUUGUUAUUUUAAAAUCUGACUGUGUAUGUUUGAAGAGGAAUAAAAAAUUUAAUUUUGUUAUUUAUUUUAUAGGAGUACGUAAUUCUUUUUAUUGAAAUAUAUCCAUAUUAAGAUUUUAAAGAAAGCAUGCUUAAGCUCUACUAUUAUGUCAGUUCAUCUUUGUUUUAUAUGAGAGUUAUAUAUUAUUCAUAUAAUUUUAUUUUGUACAGAACUUAAUGUAGUACAUAGUUUACGUAUGUGCCCUGGAAAUUUUGGUAUUGAUAAUUAAAAAUUAUAUCUGAUGAUAAAUUUAUCGGGAAAAGUGCAAAAUCACCCACUGCUUGGCACGUUUUUAAGAACUGCACAUACACGGUAUCCAUGUACACAUCGACUUUAUUUUUACUUUAAAAAAUUGCCAGAACUGCCCAAAAAUGGCAUUGUGCACUCUCUUGACUUUAUCCAUGUACACAUCGACCUAUUUUCAUUAAAAAGUCAAAGAAAAUUGACAAAAAUCCAAUUCUUCUUACUCCUGUAAAAAGCACCAAACCAAUAAGUGGGAAUUAUGCACUUUACCCAAUUUAUCUUUAAUGCAUCUUGUUUGUAAUGUAGCUGUUAUCAAAAGUUAUUAUCUUCUAUAAGUUGCAUAUGUAUUGUCUAAGAACUUCAAAGAUAUGUUCUGUACACUAAGAAUUUCAGUUUUGUUUCUUACUUAGUUGGAAUUUAAAUCCUUUUUUAUAUAAAACUUUCUAAAAGCUUCUUUGAAAUAUAUAAUUAGGCAGGUAUUUUAAAUUUGAAGAGAAGGAAGAAGUCACUUAAAAUUGUGUUCCAUUCAAAGAAAGAAGAAUGUUUACACAAAGCUGUAUAAAAGUAUAGGAAAAUAAAUGGUCCUUUGCAUCCUCUUCAGAAUUGAACUUGUUUCUGAAAAAUAAUAAUAAUAAUUGCAAUUUAGUUUAAGUUUUGUACAAUGUUAAGUUUUGAAUUAUAGGAAUUAAAAGAGUUUAAAAUGUAAGCAUAUUAGGUGUAACUUCAAAAUUAUGGUUUUAUUUUAUUGAAAUAUGUGCAUCGGUGAGCAGAAGGAAGGUAUAAUUGAGGAGUACAAAACCAUUAACAAAGGGUAUUGCAAGUAAUAUACUAUUUUAUCUUUUGUGAGGGAGGAGGCAGCAAUAUAAGUUGUUUAAAAUACUUCAUAUUUUAAGUACAAUGAAACCUCCUAUGGCAACUAUCUUCUAUAAAAGGUUUAAAUGCUCUAAAAUUGAUGAAUAUGUCUGAGACCAUAAUUAUAGCAAAUUCAUGAUAUAAUUCACCUGAAAAGUACAUAAAUUACGUUAAUAAUAUGACAAUUUUUGAAAAGUUUGAAAUUUUAAAAUGAAGUUACUGGUAAAUAUGUCUAAAAAUUUGUAAUUCUUUAGAAAAAAAGGAAUUCCUGUUUUUGUAUCUCUAUGAUCCUCUGAAAGAAAGAAAGCUAUGUUAGAUCGAUUUUUUGCGAGUCUUAAGUUGUUUCUUAAAAUAGAUUGAUUUUGUAUUCAAAGAAGAAAAGUUUUCUGUGUUUUAUAAUUUUCCCGAUUUUGUAUUCAAAGAAGAAAAGUUUUCUGUGUUUUAUAAUUUUCCCAUUAUGUGAAAAAAUAUGCAAAUUGUGUUAAUAGGAAUUUUGUUCAAUAUCUGUAUUGAAUAAAAACUGUCUUCAUUAGAUUUUUAGGAAGCAUGCGAAUGAUCAUUUCUCUUGUAAGCAAUAUUUUGUAAUUGUUUAUGUAUUUAAGCAGAGCUUUAUUGAAUUGUAACCAAGAAAAUUGAUUUUUAUUAUCUGUUUUUUAGAAGUGAUUAUCUCAUUUUCACUGACCAUUCCGAAAUAUUCUUUUACACAGUGAAUUGUAUAUUAUGUAGAUUGAAUGUAAUUUGUGUACAUAAAAAAAAAAAAAAAAAAAAAAAAAAAAAAGCAGCACAGAAUUAAAUGAUAUGCAGAUGAGGUGCUUAUUGUUCUAUGAAAAAUCCAAAGGCCUUAUACUUUGAAACUAAGUACCAACAAAGUAAAUUUUGUUAUAUAAAA